AUGAAUAAAUACUAACUAUUAAAAAAUCAUAUUCAACAAUUGAUGCAAUAAAAACAUACUACGAAUAUUUUGUUUGUUAGACAUGGAUAAACUAAUCAAAAUUUAAGCAACACUAUUUGUGGUUGGACUGAUAGUAGAUUGACCAUCAGAGGUAUAAUCACAUUUUUUAGUCUAAUUUGAGGGAGAGAAUAAUCAAAUCAAUUAUUAUAAGCAUUAUUACCUUUUCGUGAUCAAUUCAAAGGAGUGUAUACAUCCGAUUUAAGAAGAGCUAAAGAAACAGCUUAAAUAAGUUUAGGAUUUCCUCAUGAUAGUUUAAUUAUUGAAGAUUCUCGAUUGAGGUUAUUUUGUAAUAUUAUAAAAGAGAACUUAAUUUUGGAAAACAUGAGAACAUUGCAUAUUCUAUGUUAGAUUAAGAAACAAAGGAUAUUAUAUUCACAUUUUCAUACAAAGCUCCAGGAGGGGAAUCUUGGUAAGAAAGUUGCGAUAGGGCAAUGUAAUUAGUGAGAGAGAAAUGUAAUGAGAAUGGGACUUAUUUGAUGUUUUCACAUGGAGUAAAUAAAUAAUAAUAAUUAAAAGGGAUUGAUAUGUAGUAUUACAUAUUAUUUGGGUAUACAGAAUUCAAUAGGAAAUUGUAGUUGUGUAGGUUUGGAAUAUGAUAGAGAGAAAAAAGAGAUGAAAUAAAUAUUAUUUAAAUGGGAGAUGCCUUAAGAGGAGAAUGAAUAGGAAAUAUGAGAU